ACACAAAAACGACGUCACUUCAGGCACGCGCGACAGGCAUUGUGGUUUUGAGACAGCGUCGUUUCCGCAGCACCGUGAGAAGAAAGGGUUAUUCGUUCCCAUUUCGUUAAGCCAUUUUCCUGCAAUCGAGAGAGAAAUUGAGUAGAAAUAUACCAAAAUGGGGUACGUGCUGAGAGUGAGAUUAGCCUCGUUCUUCACCGGCGCUGCAACGGCGUCGUUUGGAGGUCUCUACAUCCUCCAUAGGGAUUACAAACUUGCGCAUCAAUCCCUUACUCAACAGACGAAUGGUCUCUACGAAUCACUUAAUAGUCGAAUUUCUUCCUUGGAAAAACUCAAACAAACUGAAACUUCACAACAGGCAGAAGCUACAGAAUAAGUAUGUGAAUCGAGGCAUCCGUUGUAGUUAAUUGUUGUGGUGGAAGUUUUAUCGAAUCUACUCACCGCGACAAGUGACUUUUCAUUGGUUACUCUUGUAAGGAGCAAAGUUUAAUUUCACUCAUUUUAUGGCAUCUCAUCUUGCUCAACUUUUUUACCGUAAGUGUUCGGACCAGUUCUGUAUUCAGAUGUAUUUUGGAUUAUUACUUUUAGCUCGAACCAUUUAGCUUUUAUCA